GUGCAGCACAGCUGCGAGCUGGAUUCCUGCACACCGAGCACGAGCUGAGGGAGCCCAAGGCAGUGAGCCAGGCCGACAUGAAGGUGGAAAUCCUGCCCGCCCUCACUGACAACUACAUGUACCUGCUCAUCGACCAGGACACCAGGGAGGCUGCCAUCGUGGACCCCGUGCAGCCCCAGAAGGUUUUGGAUGCAGUCAAGAAGCAUGGAGUGAGGCUGACCACUGUCCUGACCACCCACCACCACUGGGACCAUGCAGGAGGCAAUGAGAAGCUGGUGAAGAUGGAGCCAGGGCUGUAUGUGUAUGGAGGGGACAGCAGGGUGGGGGCCCUGACCCACAGAGUGUCCCACCUGACAUCUCUCAAGGUGGGAUCUCUGAGUGUGAAAUGCCUCAGUACGCCGUGUCACACCUCGGGACACAUCUGUUAUUAUGUGACUAAGCCAAAUAGCUCCGAGCCACCUGCAGUUUUUACAGGUGACACCCUGUUCGUGGCUGGCUGCGGGAAGUUCUUCGAGGGCACCCCAGAGGAGAUGUACAGGGCACUGAUUGAGAUUCUGGGCAGCCUGGACCCCAGAACGAGGGUUUACUGUGGCCACGAGUACACCAUCAACAACCUCAAGUUUGCCCGGCACGUGGAGCCCAGGAACCCCAACAUCCACGAGAAGCUGGCCUGGGCCAAGGCCAAGUACGACAGUGGAGAGCCCACCAUCCCCUCCACCAUCGCUGAGGAGUUCACCUACAACCCCUUCAUGAGAGUGAGGGAGGAGGCCGUGCAGAGGUUCACGGGCAGGACAGAGCCCGUGGAGGUGCUCAGGGCUCUGCGCUCCCACAGGGACACCUUCAAGAAGCCCAAGGAGAGGCCCAACCCCCAGGCCAUGCUGGCCUUUGACUGGGGGCUCUUCGGGCCCUUCCUGGAGAAGAAGUGACACCCCGAGGUGCCAGGGCUCCCCCUGGCUGGGCCCAGCUCAGCUUGGCUCCCAGCUGGCUUUGGGGGCUGCAUUUUGUCUUUAGGCUGCUUGCGUGAGGCUGCUCUGCUCUGCCCUGCUCCCCCCUGGCUCCUGGGGUUCCUGUGCAGCUCCUGGGUCCCUUUGGGGGGAUCCCAGGCUGUGGGACCCCCUCGGGGGGCUGGCAGAGGGUCAGGAUGUGGCUUGGAGCAGGGCACAGUGCCAGUUUGGGGAGCUGCCAUGGAAGGAUGCAGGGCUGCAGGGAUGCUCAGGAUGUGGUGCCGUGCCCAUGGAGCCCCUGCCUGCCCUGCAUCCCCAUCCAGGGCUGCUGGGAUGUGUUUGGGACUCCUGGGAGCCCUCCUGGCCCUGCCUGUCCUGCUCCAGCCCCUCUGGCCCAGUGUCCUGGCUGAUGGACACUUGGAUCCCCACCAUGGGACACUGGGGAGUCACUGGUGUCACCAGAACCCACCCAGCUCCAGCCCUGUGCUGGCAAAUCCAUCACAGCAGGGUUUGGGUGGGUUCCCCCCCAUUUUCCAGCAGGUCCCACAGGGAUUUGUGCAGGGAUUUGUGGCCGUGGCUGCCUUGGGGAGCCCUUGGGAUGUGGGGUGUCCAUGUGGAGCAGGCUCAGCCCCAGGAGGAUUCCCCAAGGUGGGACAGAGUUUAGGCAGCCCAGAACAAAGUGAUGCCAUGCAUCCCUUUCUGCUUUUUUGCUUUUUCCAAGAUUAAAACUGGGAAACACUCGGUGCCAACCCCAUGGACAUUGCCUUGCCAAGAGCCAGGGAGCAGCUGGGGCUCCCAGGCCUUCCCUUGGUGCAAAACCAGGGCUGUGUUUUAUUUAUUUUUGCCUGAGAAAGGAGCAGAGUUUUAUUUGCAGCUGUGGGGAGGCUCUUCACACCACUGAAAUAAUUACUUUUUUUAUUUUUGUGAAGAAAAUGAGUGUUUGAUGGCAGCUCCCAGCACUGGGACAGAGUUAUUUCAGGGAUUUUCAUGUGUGGACUGUGAAUUUCUUUGUUGCCACUGGAGUCUGGUUUGGGGCCUUUUCCUGUGCUACAAACCAAGUUGGGUUGAUUUUUUGUUUGUUUUUCCUUUUAUUAAGUUAUAGUUUGUAUUUCCUUUGCAUGAAAGGGAAAAGAUUUAUCCAGCUGCAAAAUGGUACCAUGGCUUCACCCCUCAGUUCCCAUGAAAUGCUGGAUUUUGGAUGUCCCAUUUGGGAUUUUAUUUCUCCUGGGAGCAGGGAAGCCCCUGUGGGUGUGACCCAGCCCUGAGCCUGGGACAAAUUCAAUCCCACAGCCCAAACUGGGACCAAUUCCAGCUGUUGUGGUGCCAAACAGGGAGCCCAGGGUGGCCCUGUCACCUCUGGGUGUGUUGGUGACCUGGGAACCC